CAGAUGCUGCAGGAUGCCGGGGAUGCUGUUAGGAGACAUCUUUCCCAACUUCGAAGCCCAUUCCACUUUUGGCAGAAUGAAACUACAUGAUUAUCUGGGAGAUUCCUGGGGCGUCCUGUUCUCUCAUCCGCGAGACUUCACUCCCGUCUGCACCACUGAACUCGGCAGAGCAGCUCAGCUCAGUCCUGAGUUCAGCAAGCGUAACGUGAAGCUGAUAGCGCUCUCCGUCGACAGCCUUGAGGAGCAUCACAGCUGGAGCAAGGACAUCAUGGCUUACAAUAACAUGGAGCCUGGGAGCGAGUUUCCCUUUCCCAUCAUAGCGGAUGAUCGGCGGGAGCUGGUGGAGACCCUGGGGAUGCUGGACCCGGAGGAGAAGGACCAGAGCGGGAUGCCACUCAGUGCCAGAUGUGUGUUUGUGAUCGGCCCGGACAAGAAGUUAAAGCUCUCCAUUCUCUAUCCCGCAACAACAGGACGAAACUUUGACGAGAUUCUGCGUGUCGUUGACUCAUUACAGUUAACGGCACACAACCGUGUGGCUACGCCUGUGGACUGGAGGCCUGGGAACAGUGUGAUGGUUCCUCCCAGCAUCCCUGAGACGGAGGCCUCGACGCUCUUCCCUGCAGGAGUCUACACUAAAGACCUGCCGUCUGGGAAGAAGUACCUGCGCUACACACCACUACCCAGCACACAUCAGCAGGGAACUACAGACGGAGCUGAUGAUCACAAAUGAGAAGGCAAAGUCCGCACAGCUUUGUUUUUAAUGCUUUAUUGUAAGUGUAAAUCACUGUUUGAGUUUACAGGUACAUACAUUUUCUAGAAAUGAAUUUUUUUAUUAAUUAAUUAAUUUACACACUCUCAAGCCAUCCAAGAUGUAUGAGACUUUUUCCUCGGAUGCCCAUUUUUGAGAAUUGAAAGAAAGCAUAUGGAAGGAGCACAGAAU